UAGAAGGUAAACGUGAACCAAGGACAUGCAGAUAUAGUUAUGAAUGCUUGCAUAAACAAUGGUGCGACCAGGGAACAUGCAAACCGAUGAAAGCAAUCGGUGAACCGUGCAAGAAAAAUGAUGAGUGCAUUAAUUUGUCAAAGUGUGUGCCACGAGGAAAUGGAACAUGCGAGGAGACUUGUAGAGUUGACAGUGAUUGCUUGCAAUUCAAGAAUGGCACACGCAAGUACUGCAGUGUGGGAGGAACUGCUGGCACACAGAAGGGAAGAUGUGAGAUGAAACAUGAGAGAGGAUAUCGCUGUGGGAGAGGACCAGAAUGCGCUGGAAAAAUGUUCUGCAAAAAUGGACAAUGUAAAGUUGCCGAAGAGGUGGUAAUAUGCAGCCUGAACUGCUAUGGACCAGACCCAAGGAAACCUGAUCACAUCAGGCCAGGAUUUAUUGUAAAUGUCACCUACAGUUGUGAAUUUAUCAGGAGGGAAGAGAUGGGACAUAAACAACUCAGAGGUAGUAUCAGGUUGAACCACAAGGAAGUACUUGGAAAGGUAGAUGGAAUCUCUCCACAGACCAUAAGUGGCUCUGUAACUAAAGUGGCGAGGAAGGGCGAGUUUGCGGCGAGUCUGCAGGCAGUUAUGCGUAGAUGCAAGAACAACAAGCAAAGUUGUUCAGCCAAUAGAAAGUGUACCUUAUAUGCUGGACAAUAGAAUGGAACACUUUAUUAGCACCAUGGGCGUUAAAGAACGGCUCUUAUUCAAACCAAUAUUUCGAUUAUGUUUACCCAGUGUAGACCGACCUGUAAAGAUGUGCAAAAAAUAAACAAAUAUAUAAACAUCAGAAUAUUGUAGUUUAGUGAAAAUUGCUGUUAUUUUUUUUAUUAAAGAUACAUGUAUCAUCUUCCAAUUUUCAUUCAAUGCCUAAAAGCGAAAUAUUUAUGCAAGUGGUUAUUGCCACUGACCAUGAUAAAUCACCAGGCUUUUGUUUGAAUCAGUUAAGGCCCAAUUUUAAAAAGACAAACAUGCUUUCACA